GCAGAGAAAAGUGUGUUUGAAGACAAUGAAAUUGCAUCGGAGCCAAAGCACUCGCCUACGAAGAAAACACGUCCAAAUCAUAACAAGAAAACGAAAGCUUUAACUUACCAAAAGUUUCCACGAGACGAAAAGCAUCUACCAGAAAAUUUCAUCCAAAUAAAGGAAGAAAAGAAUGUCUUAUCAGUUGAUAACGAGCAUUGCACAAGCACAUCCAGUCAUGCCAAGACAGAAGACCAAACAUGUGACAAAAUUACUAAAGAAGACAAAUAUGUUGGUGCACAUGUGUCUAUAAGUGGUGGUUUACAUUUAGCUGCUGAACGUGCAUUGGAAAUAGGAGCUAAAUCAUUUGCUAUGUUUCUACGUUCACAACGACAGUGGAAUGCAAAGCCGUUAGACCCAAGAAAUGCAGACCUUUUUCGAAGUGCUUGCAAAGAAUUUGGCUUCUCUCCCCGCGUUAUUUUGCCACAUGGUAUAUAUCUCAUGAACUGCGGAUCACCAGAGGCUGAGACUCUGAGUAAAAGUCGUCAAGUUUUGGUUGAUGAGUUAAAGAGAUGUGAAAUGCUAGGGUUGACAUUGUAUAAUUUCCAUCCGGGUUCAAGCUGUGGGAAGAUAUCAGUUGAUGAAUGUAUAGAUCUUAUUGCAGAAAGUAUUAACUUGGCUCAUCAGCAGACAAAAUAUGUUGUUACAGUAUUGGAGAAUAUGAGUUGUCAAGGAAACACG